UCUGAAAAAGAAAUAAAAAAUGAUGAUGCAAGAAAGCCUGGGAGUGGAAGAAUUGUUCGGAAAGGUUAACAUUUCGCCGAGUCAAGUUGCAUUCAUAGUAGACCAGUAUCUCUGCGCCAACAACUUAUCGCAUACGCGUGCCACCUUCCGCAUGGAAGCAUCCUCCCUCUUCGCCGGUUCCUCAUUCAAUCAGAUAUACAAGCCUUCGUUAAAUUUAAAGCAUAUACUCGAUGAUUAUAUAUUUUUGAAGAGAAAAAACUUAAUCUUGAAUCAAGAAAGGGUUGCGAUCAUGCAAGAAAAGUACAGAGUUGAGAAAUUGGUGCAGGAAGUGCAAAAUGUCGUCUAUGCUUAUCGUUCCUUUCAGAGGCUAAUCCCAACAGAUAUUCCUGUUACGAAUAAAACCCCUUCAGGUGUAUGUACUGGUACCACCUCCUUUGUUCAGAACACAAACACAUACAACAACAUACACUGGCAGCAGUCUAACAAGAGAAAGAAUAGUGAAGGAAUACAUGCGCCCACAAUUGCAAAAAAACCUCGUGGUAGACCACCUGGGAAGAAAAAUCAAGUUAAAGCUCUAAACGUGCUCCCACCAUUAGGGACUCAAUCAUUAAUUGUGAAUUCCACAGCUACAGGUUCACAAGUUACCACCACCUCAUCAAUCAUAGAAACACAACCUGGAACAGCAACCAAUAAAUCUGUUACAACAUGUAAUAAGGAUGUUGUUACUCAUUGUGAGGCUGUUGUGGUCUGUCCUGAAGAAGAAAUAAGUAAUAAACCCAGUCUUCACCCUUCUCCUAUAAAUUCAGAUUCUGACACAGAAGAUAAGAGGGAAUUAGACUGCAAUGCCUCUCAUGUAUUUUUGGAAAAUUCAAUACCAAAUGAGUUUUCCAUCCCAGAAACAGAGAAGGAAGAUUCACAGUUGGAUCUAUCACACGUUAAGUUUUCAGAUUUAGAUAUGGAGUACUGGUCAAACUUCUCUUUCAAAGACACAGGCAUCUUUGCUGAAGAUUAUUUUGAUGGUCCGGCUUUAACUCAGGUUGAUGCAUGAAGGUUUUUUGUUUAGAUUGAUGUGACUCUAUGCAAUAACAUCUGACACAAAAGGGGACAUGCAGUUCUAGUUUAUUAGCUUUUGGUUAUUAGAUAAAGCCAAAAUGAUUUAUCUUUCAGUGAUUUUAGCUUACUUCUUUCU